ACCAAUAUUAAUCAAUAUAGUUAAACUCAAUAUCAUACUCAUAAUCAUAUGAAUUAUACACUACAAAUACAACCUACAAUAUACUAUUGGAUUAACUAACGAAUCUAAAUGGAGCUCCAAAAUAUUUGGACGCCCUGGGGCGGUUUUCUGCUGUAGUAGUGUACUCCCUGCACCACCAAUUCGAGCUCAUCAUCCUUAAUGUUGUUCAGAAUCUCUUCCUAACUUCUCCAGUCAGCUUCAAGAGUUGUUGAAAAUAUCUGGACUUAGUCUGCUGCGCCUGUGCGCCCUUCAUUAACGCCCACAGAAGAAAAAAAAUGUUGGGUGGAGGAUGCUUGUUCGCAUCGAUAUCUGGAAUUAGUGAGCUUCAAGAGUUGUUGAGAAGUGGCGAAAUCCUUCUUUGUGAGAUUAAUUAAUGAAAGAGCAGCAGCGCAGCUCAUCGGUUUUGGAGGAAGCGGAUCUUAAUUUGGGCAACGGCCAAGUUUUAAGGGGAGGCGACAAAUUGAAGAGAGUUCUGGAGCUCGUUUAGAACAGUCUCUCCAGAAGAAUUUCUCCAAGGCUUUUUCGAGGUCCAGAGCCAUUGUCACUCUGUUUCUUGCUGUCCAACACCGCCUUCACAAAUUAAAACAAGACUUCCUCCUCGCUGUCGCAACCGGAUCUGUAAAAACUUCCAGCUGAAUUAUCAUGAGAUCUAGUGCAACUAGUGCCUAAGGUGAGAAAAGAAAUUGUCAAUUACAGGUCUGCAUUUUACCCUGCCCAACUUGAACUUAGCUAGGAAUCCUGUAUUGUUUAUGCAAAAGCUGUCUAUUUAGAAGAAUGCUUGUCAAAUUCUGCAUAUUGAGGGUUGUUGUUGUGUGUGUUUAGGUAGUUAGAACCUUUGCUUAAUUAAUACUUAGUCGGAACAAUGCAAAGAGUUCAGUUACCAUAUCAUUUCUUUGCAUUGAUCCUAAACUUAGAGGCAUGUGAGACUUUCAUAAAAAUUUUGUUUAGACAAUACUUGUAAAUGUUGACAAUAAAUUCUAGAGUGAUUUUUUAAUGCGUCGACACAAAUGUCGGAAAUUGAGAUACCGACACUUUUAUGUAUCAUUACGUCUGGUUAAAUUAAACAAUGAUAAUAAAAAAAAUUCAUUUUAAGCGAUAGUAAAAACAUUUAAGGCGAUGGUUAUAAAUGUCGAUAUAAAACUAUGUAGCAACAUUGAAACAUGUCGGAAUACAUGUCGAACAAUGUUGAUGCCAACGCUUAUCAUAAAUGUCGUAAAGUUUUUUAGAGACAAUUUGAUUUUCUUAGAGACAAUUUGAUAUGUCGUAAAAUAUAAAUAUAUAUAUAUAUAUAUAUGGAUGUUUUUUUAAAUGUCGCAAGAUUCUAAAGUCACAUUUUCAUGUCGAAAUAAAUGUCGGAAGAUAUAUGUACCAACACUUUGUGUAAAUAUCGAAAGGUUCUAUAGUCACAUUUUUAUCUGUCAAAAUAAAAUGUCGGACGAUAUAUGUACCGACACUUUGUGUAAAUGUCGCAAGGUUCUAUGGUCACAUUUUCAUAUAUCGAAAUGAAAUGAUGGAAGAUAUAUGUACCGACGCAUUUUGUAAAUGUCGCAAACUUCUCUAGUCACAUUUUCAUAUGUCAAAAUAAAAUGUCGGAAGAUAUAUAUACCGACAUUUUCGGUAGAUGUCGUAAGGUUCUAUAGUCACAUUUUCAUAUGUCGAAAUAAAUGUCGGAUAAUGUAGAUACCGACAUUUGCUGUAUAUAUCGCAGUAACUUUAAACGACAAAAUAAAAAACGACAUUUGGAUGCAAUUAACCAUCAUUUUUCAUAAGUGUCGGCAAAAAACUACACCGACAUAUUGACAUCUUUAAGCGACGUUUGAAAAAGAUAAGCAAUUUUUUUCUAUAGUGAAGAGCAGUGGUGAAACAUUGGAGACUAUUUGACAUGGACAUAUCUAUCUCAUAGUUACAACUGAGUGGUGGAGACUGAAAGGAGGAGACCGUGGGAAUAAGUGAAGCAGACUAAGUUAGAGAAAGAAAACCAGGAGAUCGCGGCUAGUUCCUAAUGGAGGAUCUAGACGAACUUCUCAACGGCAGACUCGACGGCUUGAGCACUAGCAGGAGACAAUAUAGUGUUUUCAGGGUUGACGACGAUCAAAGAAGAGGGAGCGAAAAGUACUACAGCCCCAAGCUGGUAUCGAUCGGCCCUUAUCACCACAGAGAGGCUGGAUUGAUAGAUAUGGAGGGUGAAAAGCUUUCUUAUCUCAGUCAGCUGUUGGACAGGUACGUGUUAUUGUUAGUGUUUGAAAAAUAACAACACCAAGACAUCUUCAAUUUUCACCGUUUACAAAAUUAUAAAUUGGAACUGUUAUUAUGUUUAUUAAGUUAUAAAAUAUAAUCAUAUUGUUUAUGUAGGUAGAAAUUGGAACUACUAAUAUUUACUUACCGCUGUGUACAAAGUUGCAAAUUGAAAAUAUUCCUACAAUCAUUUGUCAUAGUUGUUUACAGAAAGGGGAAAUAGUGAUUUGGGAAGAUUUGGAUCAUAAGAUCCAAACUUAAUUUAUAAGGCACUAGUUUUUAACUAAUAAACUAACCGAUGGGUUAGAUAUCAGGGGAAAACACAAGUUUUUCAUCAAAGCAAUUUAAAUCCCCAACGGUCGACAACGGAGCAGAGUCGUCUUCAAAGGGGAAGGAGAUGACCCAAAGCAACGUCGUUCCAUCGUCAACAGAGUUAAAGAAACGUUCUUGGAGCGAUGUUGUUUCUGUCAAAGUGCCAAUCAAUAUCUGAUCUUUCUGUUUCGACAUUUUACCCUUUUAAGCCUGUACUUUCUUUUUCCCUACAUUUUGUCUUCUUUCUUGAAUUGUAAGCAACAGUUGAACCUUGUACUGUUUUACCCAACUAUAUAAGCUGGAAAGUGAAAUGAGAACACCCAGGUGAUUAGGAUUUUUCCAAUCUGAAACGUUGUUAUGGUAUCAGAGCUUUUCUAAACUCUAGCCGUCACAAACAUGGCCGACAAUGUCCAAGCAGAUCCAUCUGUUGAAAAUGUUGCUGCAAAUGCACAGCACCAGCCUGCUGUUGAUCCUAUGGCAGAUCGCUAUUACUUGCAUGGUUCUGAGCAACCAGGUCUGAUCUUGGUGGGUGAGAAACUUACCACCACCAACUACAAUGACUGGAGCCAAGCCAUGCUCAAUGCUUUGGGAGCCAAGAACAAGCUGGGCUUCAUCAAUGGUUCCAUUCCACACCCAGGAGAAAAUCACCAGAAUGCCUGGGCCUGAGCCUGGAACAGGAACAAUGUCAUGGUUCUUUCCUGGAUCCAGCAAGCAGUUGAAGCCAGCAUCCGCAAGACCAUCAUGUCCUGCAAAACAUCUCUAGAAGCAUGGAGGAGUUUGAGAUCUCUCUAUGGUCAAGGAGAUGUGGUCAGAAUUGUUGAGCUCACUGAAAACCUCAGCAACCUCAAACAAGGUAGUCCAUCUGUCACAGAAUACUAUGGCAACUUUAUUGCAAUUCGAGAUGAGUUGGAUAAUUAUUAGCCUAUUGAACACUACACUUGUACACCCAUUAGUAGAGAAACAUGUGCAGCCAUGAGAUUAGUCUUUCAAUACAAAGACACAAACUCU